ACUUGCACAGAUUGCAGUUGCGUCUCAUAUAUGAAGAGACUCUUCACACCACAACCAUCAAAAGAAUUCAUCUGGAAAACCGCCCUAAAUUCCACGAUUGCUCAAUAAUGCUGCACGCUCACUUGUGAAACUUCAGCGGACACGCAUGAGGAUCAGAGCGAUUUCUGGCUUUGAGUCUGUGAAGGAACUAUGAUGCUUAACUUAUUAUUUCAGAGCGCAUGUAAAAAGUGAAUAAUCCAUCUGCAGUCUACUUCAUCCAGGUCGCCCUUCAUCCAGCAUGCUCACUCUGACAGUAGUAUUUCUUCUCGUGGGCAAAGUCUUGUCUACACAGAAUUCAUGUCCUUCAGGGGCGUUCACCACCAGUGGGGAGUGCUGCAAACAAUGCCAACCCGGGGAAGGGAUGGGGGAGCCCUGCGGAGCGAGACAGACAGUGUGUGAACCGUGUCUCGACAGCGAGACAUUCUCAGAGAACUUCAGCCACACGGAGCAGUGCCAGCCGUGUACACCAUGUUCUGAACUAACACGCAUGCUGGCGCCCUGCACUGAUGCCAGUGACGCGUUUUGUGUCUGCGACUAUGGGUUCUUCUUCAGCAAAGUGACGAGCCGCUGUGAGGCCUGCACGGUGUGCCCUGUGGGCCAGGGUGUGCUGAUGCGCUGUAAUUUUGACCUUGACACGGUGUGCGAGGAGUGCGUGGAUGACACGUAUUCAGAUCAGGAGACCUCUUUUGACCCCUGCAUGCCCUGCACCGUCUGUGAUCAGCCUGAGAUGGAGUUGAAAAGCUGCACGCCUCUCAGUGACGCUGUCUGCCAAGAUGUAGAUCCUCCUAACAGCUCAAUCGUUCCUUCUCCUCUUCCAUAUGCUACACCUUCUCCUCCUCCUUUUUCUUCUCCCUCUUAUUCUUCUUCUCGUGCUUCAUCAGAUGUCUUGUAUACAACCAAGUCUCCUCCUGACAGUCCUACGGAGAGCGUGACCACGGCUGACCCUGGGCUGAAGAGACUCCAUGGGCUGAGUGACAACCUCAUUCCCAUCUACACCUCUAUACUGGCUGCAGUUCUGUUGGGCCUGGUGGCCUUCAUCAUCUUUAAACGGUGGAACAGUUGUAAGCAGAACAAGCAAGGAGCCAAUAAUAGAGCAUGCAGCGCAAACCCCAGUCAGACCCCUUCUCCUGAGGGAGAGAAACUCCACAGUGACAGCGGCAUCUCAGUGGACGGUCAGAGCUUACAGGAGGGCCAGGGGCCUCCACAUACAGUGGUCAAGAUAGAUGGAGGUUCGGCCCUUUCCUUGCCCUUACACACACGGGAGGAGGUUGAGAAACUGCUCAAUCAUACCUGUGAAGGGGAGGAGUCAGGAGCCAAUGAGGAAACCGAUUGGUGCAGCCUGGCAGGUCUACUGGGAUACAAAGAAGAACACAUUGCUAAUUUCAAGCAGGAAGAAAGGCCCAUCCAAGCCCUUCUGUCUCAUUGGGCGAGCCAGGAUUCGGCUAACAUUGAUACGCUUUGCACAGCACUGAAGAAGAUCAAUAGAGAGGAUAUCGCGCAGAGCAUCACAGUAAAACCAACUGCUACAUCUACCGUAUGAGAAAACAUGAGCUUGCAAACACACACAUUCUCCCAAGCGCUCAAAUACACACCUUACAUUGCCUUCAGCAUACUCCGAUGUUGAUGUAUCACCUGUGAAGUUGAUGUAUCACUAUAUCCUUAACGUUAGGCUGUAAACUCAAGCGAUGUUUCCCUUUACCCUUGAUUAUGGCCAAACUGUGUGCAAAGAAUGCACAAUUUAGUAAAUAUUGUUUGCAUGUUCCUUUAAUUUGAGGAAAGCCAUAUGGACUCGAACAUGGAUAUUCAUGUCUUUCCUGAAGAAAUUCACCAUAAAUGACUCAUCAAAUCAAAAUCAUUCAUUUUCUGUUUAACACAUUUCAUCAUCACAACAAUACAAACUACACACCACAUCCAUCUUUAGCAUACCGAUCAUUAUGCUUAAGUAUAAGUUAAAAAAAUGUUUUUUAGCAUUCUUUAAUCCAUUUGUCUGUCUCUGUACGGAAACCUCUAUGUAACAUCCAUAAUGCAUACCGUAAUGCAUAUGCUAAUGAUAUGUCAAAUGUGGCCAGUUCAGUCAUUGUCUAUGCAUUGAGUGUACCAUAACCACUAACCAUAUCCACUGAUUAUAUCCUGUCAGAGUUUGACCCCUGACCUCUCAUGUACACAGUCGAUGUUGUGCUCCUGUGCUUUAAAUACAACCAGAUACAGUAUGAGAAGAGCCAGUCAUAGACAAAUGAAUAAGAGAAGUCAUAACACUCAAUAUGGAGACUGUAAAAAUUGUGGAAAUUUACAGUUUUUCUGUCAUGUUAGCUAAAGAACCUAGAUUUAUGAUGCCAUUAUUGUCAGAUUUUUGCUUAUUUGAUUGUAAACUAAAUCAGAGCCCUGAUUUACUACUUGCUAUUGCUAGUCUGUGCCAGGUGGUAUUAGGGAGAGGAACAUUUUCAUCAUAGAGAGCAUUGGAUUGGACCAAACAUUGUGUAGCACGCAAUAUUUUCUGUAAUUUAAAGGUAGUAAAAAUAUCUGGUAAAUUUUUAUUUGAAUGUCAACUUAGAAGUAUAAUGGCAAAUAGAUGAACUAAAAGUAUUAAUGGGUCUUUAAAGCUACUCUAUCAUGAGUAAUCAACUGCAUUUAUUGUUUCCAGGUCAGCAAUAGAGAGGAAUGUUUCAGUAAGAGUUCAACUGUCA